CAUCAACAACACAUGAUCAUGAUAGAUGUACUUCUAUAGCGCCUUCGGGAACAGCUACAGGAGCAGAGGUAGAGCGUGGCGGAAAAGAGAAUGCGCGAGAGCAUCAAGGAAAGAGCACAAUUACUACAGAUGGGACUACAACAACACAAACCCG